AUGCAAGAAAAGCUGGUAGUUGGAGGUGCUGUUGCGAAAAAUGUUCUGAAAAGAGCCAAGGCUUUAGAUCGCAUAAUGCGGGAUCGCUCUAAAUGGACCAACGACACGCUGUACAUGAGCGAAAUAGUCGACUCGUUGGAGCCAACCCAUCCGCUCCAUUUGCUGUACAAUAGAACAGUAAUUCGCUAUGAUUACGGAUCAACGUACCACAAUUACUGUGAGCUAAGAAGGAGGCCCGAGAAUUCGCUCCCAUCAUUGCUCCGAGUAAUGGAGAUGAAAGUCAUCACGCAAACGUUUCUCCGUGCUAUAGUUCUCACCGGCUUGCUCUUUAAGGCAACCAUUACCCUCUUCAUUUUGCGAAUUAUUGGACUUGGAGUGUUUGCUAUUUCCGCUGCUGCGGUCUACGAAACGUACCUUGCGUACCUCACACUCAAACCCUGCCACACCAACGUGUCAAUUUCGGCGGCUAUCAGCGAGUACUUGUGCAUAUCAGUGGUUGUUCUCUUUGCCCUCUCGCAAAUAUGCGACUACAGAGGAUUGGUGAUGAAUCUGGUCGCAAUGCGAUGCGAUACGUUACCUCGCGAGGACCUUCCGGAUUACUCGCCAGCAUUUAUGACCUCAAAAUUCAACUCAGCUCCUUUUGCUCAACUACGACGUCGGAAUUUUCAUUGCAAUGAUCUCAAAAGCUCUUCUUCUUCUUAA